AUGACUGCAAAUCCAAUUUACGGUGCCAGUUACCCAGGAUCCGCCAAGGGGGGGGGGUGGCGGAACUCGGGACGCCGCUCUGCGUCUCUUGCUUUCUCUGGUGUCCCGCCGUUCCUCUCGGCUGUCUGCCCGGCGUUUCGGUCGCCCGCUAGGGGCCGCUCUAGCCGGCAUCUCGGCUGCUCUCGGAGAGAGAACUGCGCUGCUGCUGCUGCAAGCGAGCGAGCGAAGAGCCCUCCCGGCCGCCAUAUUGGUGCCCGCGCCGCAGCUAUUGCGUGUUUGUCCCUGCAGCGCCAGCGGAGCCUGCCCUGGGGCGGCCCAGCGGAGCAAGGGAGGAGCCCCCUUCCCUUACCCGACUGCCCGCCCGCCACCCCGCCGCCGCCAUGGCGACAAGGCCCGAAGGCCUCUGAAGGAAACCGGCCGCAGCCGCCGCCACAGCAGGGAGCAGAGCCGCCGUCCCCCCUCCCGCUCAGCUCGUCGCCAGCCUCUUCCCUCCGCCACAACAUGGAGGCCGUGAAAGCCUUCAACAGCGAGCUCUACUCGCUGAAUGACUACAAACCUCCUAUUUCAAAGGCUAAAAUGACACAGAUUACUAAGGCAGCAAUCAAGGCUAUAAAGUUCUACAAGCAUGUUGUACAAAGUGUUGAAAAAUUCAUACAAAAGUGUAAACCAGAAUACAAGGUGCCUGGCUUAUAUGUCAUUGACUCUAUUGUUCGACAGUCUCGACAUCAGUUUGGACAAGAAAAGGAUGUGUUUGCUCCUAGGUUUAGCAAUAACAUAAUUAGCACUUUCCAGAAUUUAUACCGUUGCCCUGGGGAUGACAAGGUAUGGUGAUCAUCUCUAUUCCCCCUCCCCCCAGACAGUCCAGUAAUUAAAGUUCAGCAUAUCUAAAUUUCAUUUUAGUACUGUGGGUGAUAAUGUAUUUCUUGACAAUGUCUCUGGGAAAAUAGGCAUACAUUGCCAGUAAGAAUUUGGGAGAAAGGUGUAGCAAUCAUCAAUAAGCUUUUUAAAAUAGUGACUGGAAAUUUUGUACUACUAUUUGUGAAAAGUGGGAAAGACGUAUAGUGAUUUUUAUGUAUUUUAAGUACAGGAUUAUCACUGUUCUCUACACCCUUACAUUGUUAUUAUAUCAUGGAUAUAAUUAAUUCUUAUAUAAUGCUUUUGUUUGUUCAAAGUGCUUCAGUUGCAUCAUCAUCAUCAUAAUUAAUAGCAUGUUGCUCAUGACUUAUUUUUCAAAUAAGUCAUUCCUUGGAGGUUUUAAAUCAGAGUUUGGUUGGUCAUCUGUAAUAGAUACUUUAGCUGAGAUUCCUGCAUUGCAGCGGGUUGGACUAGAUGGCUCUUAGGUCCCUUCCAACUCUAAGAUUCUAUGAAAGAGGAACAUUAAAUUAAGGCAUAACAGCAUAGUGGCUGUUGCCUUCAUCUGCCAGAAAAAAGCCUUCUCAGUAUAUCUUCUCAACAACCCUAAAAAUAUUAGCAAGGAAAAAGAAUCCAAUGGUGUUAUCCACAUAGGGUUGUAUCCAGUGGAGUCCCUCCACUGACAGAGGGCUUUGAUCAAGCAUAGGCUUAUGUCAGUGGAAUAAUGCAUUCAUCUCUUUAUCAUGCAGCUUAAUGGCACAACUAUUUAUAUUAAAAGACAGAAUUUAGGAUUUUUUGUUUCAUUUCCCCAGUUUCAUUCAAGUCAGCCUAGCUACAAGCCUAAUGUGAAGCACAUCAGUCUCAUGUUUCAUCUUUCAUAUAUGAUAGGGGUUGUAUCUAAUGGUGUUCUUCUGCUUACGCUUUGAUCCAGUUGAGACUGGAUCAAAAUGGGG